AUGUCUUCGGCAGAUUCGAGAAUAUCAGCACAUCUGCUGGUCAACCUCCUGUUGCUGAUCUUCUUGCAAAGGCUGGCUAUGUCCCAACACUUGAUGAAUAUGGCUCCGUAUUCCUUUGAUGACCAGUACCUGGGGUGCAGAGAGCAGAUGAUGGAAGAGCUGGAGCGAGGAGACUAUUUCCAAAGGGAAAUAGCUGCUAACAAGAACUAUUUGAGUCUUUGGAAGCAGGCUCAGGAAAAUUUGCUAAAGAGCCCGGUAGGUUUGCUGAGGGAGAUGCAUGAGAGUCACGCUGUAGUCCUCAUGGCUUACACCAUGAACUCCUCCCUGCACUCCCAGCUGAACUGGGCCACAUCUAUUGCUGGAAGCUCCCCAGAGCACUACAGACACAACUUCAGUUUCAAAUAUUUUCACUUCUACCUAACUACUGCCAUCCAGAUAAUGAAGCAAUGGCAAAAUACCAAGGAGAGCACAGGGAAAAAUAAGUGCUAUCGGGUGCACAGGGGUGUGAAAGACUUAUAUAUUAAGGCCAUGGUAGGCAGCAGAGUGAGAUUUGGCCGUUUCACCUCCACCUCCCGCCUCUGGAAAGAAGCACAGAAGUUUGGUAAUGAAACUUUGUUCACAGUUACAACUUGCCUGGGAGCAGCUGUGCAAGGCUUUUCUCACUACACAUCUGAGAAGGAAGUCCUAAUCCCCCCUUAUGAGAUUUUCCUUGUCAAAAACUUCUCUCAGACACAGCGGGGUAACCGGCUGUAUCUGCGCUCAGUGGGGAACUACAGCAAGUACCACUGCCAGCUCUUGCAAGCUUCAAGAAGCAAGAACAGUGGUUUUAAUCCCCCUGCUUCUGCUGUUCUUCCUAGUGUCAUUGGAGUUCUCUUGUGCUUGGCCAGGCAGUGACUGAUGCUCUGACU